GAACACACACAGGCAUAGGCACACCUUUCUGUUUGCUAAGAGCAGUUUGCUUGGAUGCUGGAAUUUAACUCUUCCUUAGUGUAUAUCAAGGUCUUCGCUUGGCAAAGAAGCAAAGCUCAGUGCAUUAAGCAGAAGAUCAAAAUCCUCUUAAGAUUCCAUCUGCCUAAAUACCUUACAUACCUGGAAGGUCUCUAUUAUUGCUGCAUCACAUCGCAUCAAUGAGUUUGGCACAUAGGGAGAUGGAGCUUUUCAGUUGGAGGGCUGAGACAGGCAGAAGCUGAGGAAUUGCCUGCAAAUGACAGGGUAACACAUACUGCUCCUGGGCAGCCCUGUCAUUUUGCUUCAGAAAUGCUUGCACAGAGCAUUGCAGAGGCUACAACGUGGUGGGUUUGUGGAUUCCAUCUUUCUCUUUGCUGGAAAUUGGUUGUUUGAGGGAUACUAUACAAGUGAAGCUAUUGACUGUUACAAAACUCCUUUGUAUGUACUUAGUAGGAGGCUGGCAGAGAUCUGCCUUUCUUGCACUGUGCAUUUGCCUCAGCUGUUGGUUUGGUGGUAGAUAACACAGGCUGGGGAUAAAGUGGUCUCCAGAGGAAUAAAACAAAGCAGAAAAACAUCUGGCCAAACUCUCAACUCGUCAUCCUGAACACGGUCUUAGGAGAAUGCAAAUCAGGGGCACAAGCAUUUACAACUAGGGAACAGAGAAUAAACAUUGUAUUGCUGGGUGUGUAAGAGAGAUGCUGCUUGUUACAUUGCUGGGAUAAUGACAGGCUUCACUUGACAGCCCUGUCAUUGUGGUUGGCUCUCAGUUUUGUCCUUUUAGUUCACAGCUCUUGCUGCAAGUUGGAUUAUUUCAGCCUUGUUUAUGGGAUUCAUUGCAGCUGAAAGAUUUAUUUUAAUAAGAAAAGCUUUGCAACCAAAUGAAGCCUCCUGGGAAGUGCACACCCUCUGGUAAUUCAUGUGGCUCUGUGUUAUGUUGCUCUUUUCCAUCAGCAGGCAGGUCUGAAGAUUCCUCUGCCCCAAAACUGGAGCCCCCAACUGCACUAUCCCUCCCUGCCUCUCCCUCUUUUGCUGCUUCCAUGCAGAACUCUGUGCUUUUGGUUUGGCAGGAUCCAUGCUGGUUUUGCCCCUGUACCUGUCAGUACUCUUUUCCCAAGCUGUAGCUUUCCCUGCUACUUUUCCUCUAAAAAAUUAUCCUUGUUUUUACUUUUGGGAGGAGCUGUUCCGUUUUCCUUUGAUGGUAGCAUGGUGCAACAGGUUUCACAUUUAGAGAAGAUGUAGGGAAGUUGCUGGUAAUACAAACAUGGAGCAUUGACAGGUCAUGCAUGUAAGUCCUUGUGCUUUAAUUUGUGUCUUUGUGUCAACAGAGCCUUAAUCCUGGCAUUCCUUUUCAGUGCAUUACGUGUACUUAUAGCAGUGAAAGUAGGGUGGAAGUGACUGCUUUUCCUCCUGCUUCCCAAGUUUAAUGAUUUUCAAAAUGACAAGAAAGGAUGAAGGACACCUCUUUGCAUCAGACCUGAUAUUUGCUCAGUUUUCUGGACUGGUGCUCAGGCCAGAUGUAUUGGGAGGUCUGUCAGUGCAGUGCCUGCAGGCACGGAAAACAAAAAUGUUCAAAUGGAAGGGAUCAGGAACAGCAAAGUGCCUGGCAGAUGUGGCUUGCUCAUUACUGCUUCCCACAAGCCAAUUAAUCUGCCUUUGGGCAGGGCUUUUUUCCACCUGAGUCACCAGCAUUUCUAGGUGAAAUAGGGAUGACUGGAACAGAAGAGCCUUUCUCCCUGACCUGCAUUGAGCACGGCAGGUGCAGAGCUCCUAGAAGCAAAACCUCUUCCAUACCUUCCCCACACAUGGAUGAGCUGCUUGCUUUGGACAGGCUUUGUGGUGGGGCAGAUGGCAGGCUGUGCUGCAGUGGGCAGUGAAGGGAUGCUUCUUGUUUUGAGAAUCAAUACCCAAAAUACCACUGCUUGACCAGAGUCUCUUAGCCUGACUUGUAUGGAGAAUCGCAUUAAAUGCUCAGCACCUGAUGGGGCAGUGUUGGUGCAGCUGCAUGCUGGGGAUCUCUUUCGUGCAGCAAGGCUCUAGGAGCAUAAGGCAGACUGGAGACUGCACAGAAUGAGUGAGAAAAGGGCAGGAAUCUGUGUCCCUUUACUCCCCUUCUGAACCCCAGGGAAGCUGUUCCUCCUUUCUUCCACUGGGCUGUUUUCUUCGGGAGGCUGCAGUGGGUUUGGCCUGAACUUGGCUUCCUUCAGCCAGGAAAUAGCCAAUUCGUGACAGCAGCAACCACAGAGCUCUGCAUCCAUCCCAGCAGGCAGGCAAGAAGAGCCAGUAACCACUGCAGUGCCAAGGGUGGGGGGCAGAGAGAUGGGAAGGCAACCUGAGGUUGCAGUGCUGGGAAGGAUGGAGGGAAGGACAGGGUGCUGUGCUUGCAACCUGCAUAAUGGGAGCAGCUUUUUGUCUUCCUGCCAAACGUUUCCCAGGCUCUGCUGUGAUGGUGCAGCUGUCGGAUCUGAGCCUCAGCCCUACUGCCUGAUCUGACAGGCUCCAGGAAGGCUGCUGCUGCCCCCAAGCUGCUCUCAGCUUCUGUCGGUCAGUAAAGUGUUUGCUGUGAUGCCUGACAAUUGGCAGCAAGUUUUAAUUUUGGGGGGUGUGCAGGAGGCUUUGCUGCAUGCAAGCGCUUAUGGAAUUAUCAUGCAAAUAUCUGAGGCUUGCAAAAAGUAAGUCUGUGUGUUUAGGUUGCAGUUGGGCUGGAUGUGUGAGCAUCCAGGCUAUUGACACAGCUCAUCUGGGGAGCGUGGGAGCUUGCACUGUGAGUGACUAUUUGUGUCUAAUUUCCCACAACUCCCCAUUGAAUAGAAAUAUGUAAGAGUUGAAGUUGGCAGUGAAAUUUCAUAGGGUUCUUACCUGAAUGUGGUUUUAGAAUGUUUCUCCGGAAACAAAUUAAUUGUAAUUUGGGUCUGUUUUGGACAGUAUAAAGGCAUGCUGGGGUUAAUGCAAGCUUUGUUCAUGGUCAAACUAUUUAAUAAUAAUAAUAGCUUCAGUUUCUUGGAAUGUCUUGGAAGUGCCUGGUUCCAUCUGCUGCUGGAGAGGGCACUACACUGGGUGAAGUUCUGGUCUGAUUUAGUCUGGCUGCUCCCAGUACUACUCUUGUUGCAGAGCAUUCAGAUGUUUGUUUAGAUUUUGGUUGAAAGGAUAAUGCCCUCCUCUUUCCUUAAGCACAGCCCUCUCUGGAAUAGGGUAAAUAGAUGGAACAGGCCAAUGUCAGCAUGGAAAAAUGCAAGUGGGGCAAUUGAGUUUCUCUCCAUGAGUGCCAUGGGAAGGGUUAGGUUUUAUUUUUAAGCUCUCAUAUGAGAAUCCCACAUAUAUUUAGCUCUGUUCUACAGAUGGAAUUGUAACAUCACUCAUAAAUGUCCCUUUCCCCUAAAUUUUCCACUUGAUGACUAAUUUGAUUGUAUAGUUAAAUCUGCUAAACACUGCUAACCACAAACAACAGCAAUCUUACAUCAUAAUAAGAGCAGAGAAGUUUGCUGCGUUUUGACAUCUAUUAGCAGCACCUGCACUGUCUCCUGAAUGUCUAGGCAUGUAAUUUUCCUGCAAGUCUUGCAUGAGAAGACUCUUUCAGGUUCAUUUGAUCACCUGCAUGGGUUAUGCUGUUGGGAUUGCUCAGGGGCAGGUGGAGGUGGAACCAUGUGCUUGACCUAAAGCAAUGCCUGAGCCUCUCAGAGCCACGGUGCCUCACGGAGCUGGGUGGUGAAUAAUCCAACUCAAUGUAUUUUACCAACUACAGUGAAUUAAACUGCAUUCUUAGUGAUGGAAUUGUUCUCAGUGAUGGAGUUGUUCACCCAAGUUUUCUGUGUUCAGGUCUGACAGGAAAUCCUGUUCUCCACGUUGCACUGGUCUGGAGCUUUGUUUGUGUUCUAGGUUUCUCUGCCUGCACUGCCCUAAGCUCCCACAUACCCAGUCUUUUGCCAUUAUUACCCUCUUGCUGAGAUAGUUGCUAUUAAGUCCUUGUUUACAAAUCACAGGACAGGGUAAACAUUGUUUUCUAGGUUGUCUCCUGAGACUUGAGCUUAAAGUAAAACCAUAUGAAGAGACAAAGAUCAAAAAACCACUGAAGGCAACAGAAUAAAUUGUCUCGAGCAGACAGCUGGACGAGUGUCAAACAAAGGAAGGAACAGCUGGAUCAAGUAAAGCACAAGGAAAAUUAGUUUCAUCCUCUGGGGAAGGGAGAAAGAUUUGUUUCUAGAGCCCAGAUCUGUGUGGGACCAACCAUAGCCGAUAAAAGUUUUACAUCAAAGUCAGACAGGUCCCAGAGGGAGGGGAAGGAGAGGAGUGGGUGUUUGUAGUAACUGUGCAGGGAGAGUUAUGGAGAGGAAGGAGGUGGAGUGUGAGCGUGGGGGAGAGCAGUGGGGAGGUGGGGAGUUAGGACUUGUAGGUGGAGUAACUGCAGAAUAUGAGCUGCUGUCCACAGCUUUCUGGAUGUAAAUUGAUGAGGUCAUAGUGUUUUCCAGUUAGCAAAAAAAAAAAAAAAAAAAAGUUUUUUAAAAGUCUUCAACUUGUUUUUCAAGAGAGACGGAAACACGGAGAAGCUGAAGGAAUGGAGCAACUAGCAAAACUCCUCCUGUGGCAGCUUUUGCUUCAGCAAAGUUCUGUUGUUUAUUUAUAUUCAGUCCCAGCUGAUGCCUCAAACCCAGACAGUGUUGUAGUGUCAGUGUUAAACAUCAGUGCUACCCGGGGCUCACAGGCUGUCCUGCCAUGCAAGAGUUACCGCAUGAUGUGGACUCAGGACCGUCUGAAUGACCGCCAACGUGUGGUGCACUGGGAUGUGUACAGCACCUACUAUGGAGAUAACAAGAUGGAGAGGCUGUGUGACAUGUACUCAGCAGGAGAGCAGCGUGUCUACAGCUCCUACAACCAAGGGAGGAUAUUAAUGCCCCAGAAUGCAUUUACAGAUGGCAACUUUUCACUGGUGAUCAAAGAUGUUGCAGAGAGUGAUGCAGGUAUAUAUUCCUGUAAUCUUCACCAUCACUACUGCCACUUGUAUGAAACUGUGAAAAUUCAACUAGAUAUCACCAAGAAAGCCAAAGCAGCAAAAGAAUAUUGGGAUGGAGAGAAAGCUGUGAUUGUUGCUUUGGAAGGCAGUACUGUGAUGCUCCCCUGUAUCAACCGGAACCACAUCUGGACCGAACGGCACAGUGAAGAGGAGCAGCAAGUGGUCCAUUGGGACAGGCAGCCCCCAGGGGUUCCCCACGACCGUGCUGACCGCCUCAUUGACCUGUAUGCCUCUGGUGAGCGCCGCUCUUACGGGCCUCUCUUCAUUCGGCAGAAGAUGAACAUCACAGACACAGCCUUUGCCCUGGGUGACUUUUCCCUGAGAAUUUCUGAGCUGGAAAAUGCAGAUGAAGGCACUUAUUCCUGCCAUCUGCACCAUCAUUACUGUGGCCUGCAUGAGCGCAGGAUCUACCAGGUCUUUGUGACAGAGCCAGUGAGAGAGAAGAAGGUGGUGAACCUCACUACUCACAACACUGCCCCGGCCAUAGAUCCAAAUGUUGUCAGGGGGCACAAUGUGAUAAACGUCAUCAUCCCUGAGAGCCGCAUCCACUUCUUCCAGCAGCUGGGCUACGUCCUGGCAACGCUGCUGCUCUUCAUUGUCCUGCUCAUCAUCGUUGUCUUCAUCACCCGCAAGCGCAGGCAGAGAGGUUAUGAAUACAACGUGAAGAAAUAUGGAGAGAAGGAUGUAAAUCUCAAAGAAUUUACGGUCGACACAACAGAUCUGACUCAGUACAAAAGUGAAGACAUCAGGCUGGAUUACAAAAACAACAUCCUGAAGGAGAAGGCUGAGCAAGCCAGAAGUUUCCCAGCAAAGAACAUUGAUUUAGACAAAGAUUUCAGGAAGGAAUAUUGUAAAUGAAGACAUUCCCAAGCUGCUGGCUGGACCAGAAGCUUCAAUCAAAGAUAGAUGGAAAGGAGAUGCCUUUCAUAAUACCACGUCCCUCCAGUUACCAUACAUUUUUCAUGUAGAGUUUCUCCCCAGUAAGCAUGAGGGUAUUUGCAAAUGCUUUCUGAAAGAGUUAGGCCAUCUGUCUCGUGUGCAUUUAUGAUGGGUUUGGGUUUACUUUUCUUCUAUUGUUCUCCCAGUCCUCCCUCCCAUUUUCUUUCUGAUAUUAUUGUUGUUUUUAUGCAUCAAUGAUUUUUACGAGCUGAAUCAGCAGACCUUUUGCUUUGAUGUUACUGCUUUAAAUAAACCAACCUGCAACACCAA